GGACGCGGCGUGGGUCUGAGCUCUGAGUGUCAGUUGGAGCGGAGCGGCUGAGAGGGAUGAGCUGGGGCGGUUCUGUUCCCUACCUCCUCCGUUUGCCUCUGCCCAGGGGCGGGUGUGUGACGCUGGGGCGCGCUCAGUGACCGAUUGAGGAGAUCGAGCCGGUCGGAGUGGGGGAGAGAGCAGCUAACGGACAAACGGUCGCCCGGAGGGAGUGGGGUCCAGCGGCUCGCUGGACUGAAGACAGUGAGCGAGGUGGUCGGCCGGGCUGGACUGGGCCUGGACCACAUCCUCCCUCCAUCACUACCUCCCACACCCCGCCUUUCGGCAGAGGCAGAUGGCCAGCUCCGGGAAGCUGUGUGAGCAAUGGCCGGCGGUUGGAGGCAGCUGAACGCUCUCUGAAUGAUAGCCAUGUUAACGAGGAAAACAGCGGCCCCUGGACACUUGGCCACGGCCCAAUUUGGGGAUGUCUUGUAUGACUCAUACAUGCGUGUAGAUCAAGCUGAGAGCCAAGCCUCGUGUGUGGAGAAGGAAAGCCCUGUGGGAUUGCCAUCUCUUAAUAGCUUAACGAUUGGCAAGAGCACAAUGAAAGAUCAUCUGCCAGCUUCGUGUCGGACUCAAGUCAAGGUGCAACAUUUAUUUGAAGAUGCUGGAAACAGGCGGAAUAAUGCAACUAUGCAGUCUACUGUUGCUCGAACUUGUAAAACAGCACUCCCUUCACUUAAGGAAAAGACUCCUGAUGGUACAGCAUCAUCUAAAUCAGACGGCGUUACACCCAAGUCAAAAGCUGCCAUAUCACCAACCCAAGCCAUGAAGAUGCACAUGCAUCAGUUGUCUUCCUAUGAGCAUCAGGAAAUCUUUAACUAUCCUGAAAUUUACUUUAUGGGCUUAAAUGCGAAAAAGCGACAAGGUGUAGUAGGUGGCUCAAACAACUGUGGUUAUGAUGAUGAUCAAGCGGCAUACAUACUUCUGCCUCAUGAUCAUGUAGCAUAUAGAUAUGAGAUACUUAAAGUUAUUGGGAAGGGAAGCUUUGGGCAGGUAGCUAAAGUGUAUGACCACAAAUUGCGGCAGCACCUGGCAUUGAAGGUCGUGCGAAAUGAGAAGCGGUUCCACCGGCAGGCUGUAGAGGAGAUCAGAAUUCUGGAACACUUGAAAAAACAAGACAAGAACUUGCAAAUGAAUAUUAUCCACAUGCUGGAAAAUUUCACAUUCCGCAAUCACACCUGCAUGACCUUUGAACUGUUGAGCAUGAACCUGUAUGAGCUGAUUAAAAGAAACAAGUUCCUGGGAUUCAGCCUGCAGUUAGUACGGAAGUUUGCCCAUUCCAUUCUACAGUGCCUGGAAGCAUUGCAAAAAAAUCGAAUUAUUCAUUGUGAUUUGAAGCCAGAAAAUAUUUUACUGAAACAGCAAGGCCGUAGUGGCAUCAAAGUGAUCGAUUUUGGGUCCAGCUGUUAUGAGCAUCAGCGCAUUUUCACCUACAUCCAGUCGCGAUUUUAUCGAGCCCCUGAGGUUAUCCUCGGCUCGCGUUAUGGGAUGCCCAUUGACAUGUGGAGCUUUGGUUGCAUCCUUGCUGAACUAUUGACGGGAUACCCUCUUUUUCCUGGGGAAGAUGAAGGAGAUCAAUUGGCCUGUAUAAUGGAACUUUUAGGGUCUCCACCUCAGAAAAUGUUGGAUCAGUGCAAAAGAGCCAAGAACUUCUUCAACUCUAAGAAUCAACCCCGUUAUUGCAGUAUCACCACACUCCCAGAUAACACAGUCGUUGUGAAUGGUGGCCGCUCUAGAAGAGGUAAGCUGCGAGGGCCACCAGGUAGCAGGAGCUGGAUGACGGCAUUGAAGGGUUGUGAAGACUCACUCUUCAUCAGCUUCCUAAAGAGGUGUUUGGAAUGGGAGCCAGCUAAUCGCAUAACACCCACCCAGGCUUUGAGACAUUCAUGGCUAGUUAGACGUUUACCUAAACCACCCACUGUGGAGAAGACUACACCAGUUAAAUCUACACCAGAUAGCAAUAGUUCCUUGCCUGGAAUUGUUUCCAAGUUACCCCAAAAUCUUGGCACAAGCACCAAACUAAGGACCAAUUUGGUGCAGAUGGCUGAUUCAAAUGGAAAUAAUAUACCUCUACGUACUGUGCUUCCAAAAUUAGUUAGCUAAGGCUAUUGUGUGCUGCAAAUUAAACCGGAGAACAUGUCAAAUGCAAAAAAAAAAGUUUCUUAUAUAGGUCUUUUUGCUGGUAAAUGUUAAACAGGUAUUUCCAAAUUAUGUAUUUCAAUUUGAAAGAAACUACCGUAAUUUCCAAUUUGCAUUAAAGUGCAUAAAAUUAUUCUUUAUCCAUCUGACCCACUCAAGACUAUUGUAAUUUUUAAUCUGAAUUAAAAUAUGAAUACCCCUAGUUUGAAAAUAAUAUGAAGUAAAUGUACUGUAAUUAAAUCUCACUUAAUAUUUUUAACUACCCUGGGAUGAGGUGACUGAAUAUAAAAUAUUGUGCUCAAGACUUGUCUGUGUCAAGUCUCAUUUAACUUCUUUUGGCCACAUUUGAUCUUAGUUAAAAUUUUCUAAAACAAAAUUGUCAUUCUUCCAAUACAGUUGUUAAUUUAUUAGUAAGGAUCCUAUGAGCUGCCAACAUGUUUCCAGUUCUUCCCCCUCCCAAAUGUACCUGCAUGCUGAACUUUAUUGAAUGAGACUUUGGUGGAAAUCGAGAAAACGUGAUGUCGGCCACUAACGAUCCUGUUCAUGCAGUGAUUGGCCUUAAAACAUCUGGUAAUUAAUUGCUACUCUAUGCCAAAUUAGCCGAUUGUAUUUUUAUUUGCUUUUUUUGAGUCACAGAAAAGACCUGUGAGGUCUUGAGCUCAGUUAUGGUUGGGUACGGCAAACUAGCUUUAUUUCAGUGUGUUACACACAAUACCUUGCUAUAUUCCUAAUGCAGGAAUGAACUGUCAGCUCCCCUCUACGCUAUGCAAUGGAAAUCUAUUAAUCACUCUUGUCAAAGAAACCAGUUCUUUUUAUUCUUCUGGGUGACAGUUUAUUCCACACAUUGCUUGUGAGACACAUACCCUUCUGAACUCUUCAGAUAGGGCUUUCAACAUUUAUAUAGCUGUUAGUUGUCCUGUGUCCUCCCCUGGGUCCCAUCUCCUAUCCUAAACUUGCAAACGUCCUUGGGUGUAUAGCACCUUUUGGGAAAGAAGCAAUUAAUUGGCAAAUUUGAGCAAGGUUUGUGGCAGCUGAAUUUCACCUAGCGUGUUCUCUUUUUGAGGAAGGGAAUUUUAGGGUGACUUUUUGUAAUGAGCUGAGUUUUAUUUUGCUUUUUUUUGUAACCUCUAGGUAUCAUCUUGGAGAAAAAAAAACUACAAAAAUUUGGCUUUGUAAAUGUGCUAUUGGGGAUUAAUAUCAGUGGUUGAGUAAGUAGACUAACAAAGUGGGAGUGCAGAUGAGGAGCACGUUUGUAGUAAGUGUUUUGUAUGAUGCCAAAUAAGCACCAAGGCUUAACCAGAAUUCACUAUCAUUGCUCAUUGAUCAGCAAUUUAUGUUCAAAAUGAUGCCAGAGCAGAAUGGGUUGCAGAAUCUAAAAUGGAGCAAAAAUGUAUAAUUCUGCAGUACCUUAAUUGCACUACGCAGGUGGCAAUUUCAUUGCCAGUAUAGCAGUCUGAUUGCUAUAGUGUUAAGGGCAAACAGUGCAACAUUUUUUUUUAAAGUCUACACAAAGAGAAGUAAUGCCAAAAAAUAUUUAGUAUAUGGUUUGCCAUUAUUUGAAAUAAUGGAUGCUAGCAACCAACUGUGCAAAAAAACAAUGUUUCACAUCACCACUUUUGUGUCUCUGCAUGCUGAUUUCUCGAGGAUAAUUGGAUGAAACGUUUCCAUACCCUGACUCUAUACCAAUUGUAGACUGUAAAAUUUUGGCCUGAAAUUGCCUGUUCACAGUGUGCAGGUUAUUUUGGAGUGAAACUAUUCACUUCAGGUAUGAUCUAAAUGUCCUCCCCUGCACUGGAAAGUUUUCAUAAAUGCUACAAUAGGUCUUCCUCCAACUGAUAUUUCCUAACUCGACCUUGAUCCCAUUGGAACAAUUUAUAAAGGCAAGACAAAGCACACUUUUUAAGCAACAUUCACUAAAUCUUGAAUAUCCAAAGUGCAAAUUUAAGUACUCUUGUUUGAUUACUACGGUGGUUUACAGGAGUUUUUAAUGUUUCCAUUUGAUGGGUGUUUUUAAUCUUAGAAUUGUACACUUUUCAGGUUUAGUUGGUACAGUUUAUGAAAUGUUACAACAGCAGUAAAUUUUGAUAACUGGUCAAGUGAAGACCCAAACAAUUUACUAUUAAUAAAUUGAACAAACACUUCAUGAAGUUUAUUUCUCCUACUUUAUAAAGGUAUACAGAUAAGGAUAAUCCAAUGGUUUAACAUUACAGAGGAACCUCGAUUACCCGAACGAGAUGGGCAGGCAAUAUUUCAUUCAGAUAAUUGCUUAUUUGGAUAAUCAAUUUGACCUGAAACAAGGGAAGCCAUAUUGAGAUAACUCUGUGCUCUACCGGAGAGUUUGUUUAAAUCUAUAAUUUUGAUGAGUCUGCUAUUUAAACAAACUAAUCUUUCCAUGCUGCAAAUUGCAGGUUAAACUGAGAAGACUGAACCCUUACCAUUACAUAAAUAUAUGAAAUCCCAGCAUUAAACAAGGUCUGGAACAGCAGCUGCAAUCAUAAUUGUCAGUUUCCGCUGAACUCGGUGUCACGGUAGAAAGACAGAAGCACUGCCUCGUGCAUGCGUUUACUUUCUGUGCCAUUUUUUUUCCAUGAAUGGCCUGGUAAAGUGACUAGAAUAAAGCACUUAUUUUAGCAAAGGGCUGUGUAACUAGCCCUUAUGUAAAAAAUAUCCAGUCGCUGAUGCUUGAGGUGCUUGUGUUUUUUUGAUUUUGCCAGUGUUUUCACACGUUCUUCAGUACAGGUAAUUCAAAUGCACUUACCUCUGAUGUAAGGUUGGGGGAUCUUCAGAUAAUCCAAAAUUUGGAUAAUUGAU